AUGGCAACACAGGGCUCUGGGACGAAGUUGGCGGACAUCCCCAUCGUGCCUGUGAACCUGAACAAGAUCGAUGCGGACCACGACCUGCUCAAGGCUUUCCACGCGUUCCUCUACGGAGGCGUCGGCAAGAAGACCGUCAGAAAGAAGAACAUCCGCAGUUUUUCCGGCUUCCCCGACGACGACGGCAAGGACGCGAGGAUGAAGAAGCUGACAGAGUCCAAGAAGUGGACCGUCGCCGCGCUCAGGGACCUCUGCACCUUGCUCGGCUUGGAGAAGGGAGGGGACAAGGCCGAAGUGGUCGACCGGAUCGUUUCCUUCCUGGCUAGCCCGGAUCCAUCGGAAUCCAAGGGCCCGGUCGCCAAGAAGCCCAAGAAGGCCGCUAAGAAGCGAAAGUCCACCGGCAAGGGCAAGAAGACCAAGAAGGCCAAGAGGGAGGUCAAGCCGAGGCCGCUGAACGGGUACAUGAUGUUCACCAGGGAGGCCCGCGCGAAGGUGCUCAAGGCCGACCCUGGACUCAAGCCGACGGAAGUGACGGCCAAAAUGGGACAGAUGUGGGCAGAGUGCUCCGACGCUCAGAAGGAGAAGUACAAGCAGCAGGGCAUCAAGGAGUUCGAGAAGAAGAAGGGGGCCAUGGCAGAGGAAGAGGAGGACGAGGAGGACGAUGAGGGAGAGGACGAGGGCGAGGACGAGGGCGAGGACGAGGCAGAGGACGAGGGAGAGGGAGAGGGAGAGGACGAAGACGAGUUCUACGUCUCCAGAGGAACGAGGCGGUGGCAUCCUCGAAGGCAGCGGGGUGCCUGUGGCGGCGGCGGUGGUGUGGGGCGCAGAAGGAGGCCUGAUGUGGGCCGGUGUUGUUUGCUGCGGAAGCACAACCCUUUCGGCCAAGGUUUCGUGGGGGAUGCCGUGUCGCAGCGGUUUGAUGGCCUCUCUUGUGGAGAACCGGUUCUCGGCUCUUGCCUGUGCCCUAGAACACCGGGUGGUAGUUCUCUAGGUACCAUGUAGUUAUUUGUAGAUGAAACGUCUUUGGCGUUCUUUUCGGGGAGGGCGUACGGCACUUGUGCCAUGUGGUCGUGUUCCUGUCGUUUUUACCCAUGCGAACAAGCUAGGGUGUAUUCAAAUAUGCAUAGUUUAAUUUUUUUCUUGUGUCUUUGCGGCGAGCGGAAGGGCUGUUGUUUUGUUUAUUGUGUAUCGAGGUGUGCAGACGAUCGGUGUAGAGACUGGCACGAAGUUUGUCUUUUGUCGAACACCAGCGCGUAUGGCUCUCGAGUACACCAGUGCAUACCUGUUUGUCUGCGUGUCCGUCUGCUCGUAUUCAGUGUAACAUAUCGGGUUACUGCUGUAUCGUGAAAAAUGGCGUUCUUCUGGUGGAGCACACCAACGAACCCAUUGAGUUGCACUAAUUUCUGAACCUUGUUUGCCGUAUUGCCACGGGGGGGGCGGGGCUUCUGCUACACGCACUGCGAAGAGGCUCACUUUUCAUG